UUCCCUCGCUCCCGCGCUCUCGAGGAGUGAUUGUCAGCCGGAGCCCUCCAGAAAUGCUGUCCUUAACAGUUCCUGCUCUCUCUCAAUCUUUCGACUCUCCCCUCCGGCUCCCCCAAGCGCAUGAGGAUUGAUCCUCAGGAUACCUUUGUCUUCUAUAUAACUCUCAUUUAGCAUAUUGAUGGCUCAUGGUGUUUAAUUCCCUUCGUUUGUUCAUCACUUUUUCUCGAGCCGCCAUCUCCCGUGCUGUGUCUAGCAUCAUACACUGACCUUCGCCCUGACGUGCAAAUCAAUCGCCUUCUAACGUCUACCUGCUGCAUCGAGUGCGAUACGAUUAUAUAUUCUCCUGCGCACUCUCCAUUCCCUUCCGACCGUGCGAUUUCGCUACAUUUCGCUACAAGUCGGUACACUGGCUGCGCUGCCGGGUUCGGCUCGUCGGAGCGGAGGCUCCUCCAUAUUCAUACGAUAGUUUCCCUGUUACAUGCCCUCCAGGGGCAAGCCGUGAUUCGAGAUGGCUUCCGUCAACUUUGAUUCAGAGGGACCAGAGCCUACACCCGGGGUUCGCCAUGUCGAUAGCAACAUUACGAUGCCAACGAAACGCCAACGAUGGGCGACCACACGAGCCACGAACGCCGGGGGUAUGCGGAAACGCGUUUCCAUCAUGGAUCGAUUUCACAAGCGCGCGGAAGCGAGGGAUGAGAAGCGAAGGUCUACUGCGGCCAAUUCAGCAACCGGGGCGCCGCCAGAUCCGCUCCCAGAGGACCCAGGAAACAGGAAGGUCUAUGUGAAUGUCCCGCUUCCCGAAUCCGAAAGGGACGAAGAUGGCCAUCCCAUGGCAAAUUAUCCUCGAAACAAAGUUCGCACGGCCAAGUACACGCCUAUAACUUUUGUCCCAAAGAACCUGUGGUUUCAGUUCCAAAACAUUGCGAAUAUCUACUUCCUCUUCAUCAUCAUUCUCAGUUUCUUCUCUAUUUUCGGUGUCGAUAAUCCCGCUCUGAAUGCGGUCCCCUUGAUUGUCAUCGUUGUCGUGACGGCUGUGAAAGAUGCCGUUGAGGACUGGCGUCGGACGGUACUAGACACGGAGUUGAACAACUCCCCCGUCUAUCGCUUAGUCGACUGGACCAAUGUCAAUUCGGCCGAAGAUAGUGUUUCAUUAUGGCGACGCUUCAAGAAAGCCUGCACUCGAGCAACCAUCUGGACGUACCGGAGGCUCAGGGAUAUGAUUCAGAAGAACAAGAAGAACCAGACGACUGAUGUUGAACGACGCGCAUCUUUCCUGACAACUGCCUCACCAAGAGCCUCUAUGGAGUCGCAGCACGGCGACCGUGGGAUGGACGACGCUAUCCAGAUGACUCCUGUGCCCUCUCCAGUGCCUGACGCGCGCUCAGAUUGGCCACUUCCUUCACCAAUUCAUAACCAGUUUUUGCAUCCAGAUAAAGCGGCUCGCGAUAGUAUGGCCGCGUCUGAGGGAUCAGCUGCAGGUCAACCGAGGAAAAUCGGCAACGUCGUGGACAAGACAAAACAAGUAGUUGGCAAAGCCCGCUUCAAGCGCGACUACUGGAAAAGCUUACAAGUUGGUGAUUUCGUCCGGCUGUACAACGGUGACCCAAUUCCUGCGGAUAUUGUUGUGCUUUCAACAUCAGACCCAGAUGGUGCCUGCUAUGUGGAAACGAAGAGUCUCGAUGGCGAGACUAAUCUGAAAGUCCGACAUGCUCUCAACUGCGGGCGCCAAGUUCGACAUGCGCGCGAUUGCGAACGGGCAGAGUUUGUUGUUGAGAGCGAGGCCCCUCAUCCUAACCUUUACGCUUACAACGGCGCCUUGCGGUGGGACCAGCGCGAUCCUGACUACCCAGACGCUCCUCGAAAGGAAAUGGUGGAACCAAUAACAAUCAACAAUCUGCUUCUGCGUGGAUGCUCUGUUCGCAAUACCGAAUGGGUUCUUGGCGUUGUCCUGUUCACUGGCGUUGAGACCAAGAUCAUGCUCAACUCUGGCGAGACGCCCAGUAAGAGACCACAACUUGCAAAGGAUCUCAAUUGGAAUGUCAUCUACAAUUUCAUUAUCCUGUUCUUCAUGUGUCUCGUUUCCGCCAUUGUCAACGGUGUUGCGUGGGAUUCUAACACUGGGUCUCUCGUGUACUUUGAAGAAGCCUAUGGGAGCAGCCCGGCAGUUACUGGUAUCAUCACCUUCUGGGUUGCUUUGAUUCUUUUCCAGAACUUGGUGCCAAUCUCGCUCUACAUCUCUCUCGAAAUUGUCCGCACGGCUCAGGCUAUUUUCAUCCAUAGUGACGUUUUCAUGUAUUAUGACAAGCUCGGAAUCGCUUGUAUACCGAAAACUUGGAACAUAUCUGACGACGUCGGGCAAAUCGAAUACAUAUUCUCCGACAAAACUGGCACUUUGACGCAGAAUGUCAUGGACUUCAAGAAGUGUACUGUCAACGGCGUUUCGUACGGCGAAGCAUUCACGGAAGCCCAAAUCGGCAUGGUUCGUCGUGAAGGAGGCGAUGCUGACGCCGAAGCCGCAAGAGCUCGGGCAAAGAUAGCUGCGGAUAAAACGAGAAUGAUCCAGAUGCUGCGAGCGAAGCACGACAAUCCGUAUUUACGCGACGAAAACCUUACAUUCGUCUCACCGACCUAUGUCGCAGAUAUGAACGGCCAAUCUGGCGCAGCCCAAAAACAGGCCACCGAACAUUUCAUGCUUGCUCUUGCCCUGUGCCACUCGGUCAUCACUGAGCACACACCUGGUGAUCCUCCGCAAAUUGAGUUCAGAGCACAGUCACCGGACGAGGCGGCCUUGGUUGGUACAGCUCGCGAUUGCGGAUUCACCCUCCUUGGAAGAUCCAAUGACGACCUCAUUUUGAAUGUCAUGGGCGAGGAGCGUACCUAUACCGUUCUGAACACACUCGAGUUCAAUUCCACCAGAAAACGGAUGAGUGCUAUUGUGCGUAUGCCUGAUGGUAGCAUCAGACUGUUCUGCAAGGGCGCGGACAGUAUUAUCUAUUCACGUCUAGCCUCAGGAAAGCAACAGGAACUUCGGAGAGAAACAGCACAGCACCUGGAGAUGUUCGCCCGUGAAGGUUUACGAACCCUAUGUGUCGCGGACCGAAAGCUCUCCGAGGAUGAGUAUCGAACUUGGAGCAAGGAGCACGACAUUGCAGCAGCGGCAAUCACGGAUCGCGAAGAGAAACUCGAAAACGUCGCUAGCUCGAUUGAGCAAGAACUUAUGCUCAUCGGCGGCACUGCCAUUGAGGACAAAUUGCAAGAUGGCGUGCCAGAUACCAUCUCUCUGUUGGCCGAGGCAGGUAUCAAGCUGUGGGUCCUCACUGGUGACAAGGUUGAGACGGCCAUUAACAUUGGCUUCUCAUGUAACCUUCUCACUAAUGAAAUGGAACUGAUUGUCUUCAAUAUACCUGAAGAUCAGCCACAGAGAGCGUCCCAGGAAUUGGACAAGCACCUACAGACAUUUGGACUCACUGGCUCUGACGAAGAGCUUAUCGCUGCCCGAAAGGACCACUCACCUCCUGCCGCGACUCAUGCUGUUGUGAUUGAUGGUGACACACUGAAAAUAAUGCUAACUGAUGAAAUGAAGCAGAGGUUCUUGCUUCUUUGCAAGCAAUGCAAAUCCGUCCUCUGCUGCCGAGUCAGCCCGGCUCAGAAGGCGGCCGUGGUGCGACUUGUGAAGGAGGGUCUCAAUAUCAUGGCGCUUUCUAUUGGUGAUGGUGCAAAUGAUGUUGCUAUGAUCCAAGCGGCCGAUGUUGGUGUUGGAAUCAUCGGAGAGGAAGGUAGACAAGCCGCCAUGUCGGCAGAUUAUGCUAUUGGACAGUUUCGGUUCUUGCAGCGCCUUGUGCUUGUUCAUGGCCGGUACUCGUAUAGACGCCUCGGUGAAACGACUGCAAACUUCUUCUACAAGAACUUGGUUUGGACUUUCGCACUCUUCUGGUACUCGAUCUACAACGACUUUGACGGCUCUUAUCUGUUCGACUAUACGUACAUUGUCUUGGUGAACGUCGCGUUCACUUCGUUACCUGUCAUUUUAAUGGGUAUCUUUGACCAAGAUGUCGAUGACAAAGUGUCGCUGGCCGUUCCGCAGUUGUACAAAAGAGGCAUCGAACGGCUUGAAUGGUCUCAGACAAAGUUUUGGCUGUAUAUGCUCGACGGCUUUUAUCAGUCCGUCAUGUGUUUCUAUAUGCCAUAUCUUCUGUAUGAGCCAGCCAACUUCGUACAUGCCAGCGGAAAAGACGUUAGCGAUCGAAACCGCAUGGGUAUCCUUGUUGCGACCUGCGCUGUGAUUGCCAGCAAUACCUACAUCAUCAUGAAUACCUAUAGGUGGGAUUGGUUGACGGUAUUGAUCAAUGUGAUCAGCUCGUUGCUUAUUUUCUUCUGGACCGGAGUUUAUUCCUCUGUCAUUACGUCAGCACAGUUCUACAAAUCUGCUGCUCAGACGUAUGGAGCCCUAUCUUUCUGGGUGGUUCUUCUUGUGACGGUCAUGAUGUGUCUCCUCCCUCGGUUCACCGUCAAAUCUAUCCAAAAGGUGUUUUUCCCUCUCGACGUCGACAUUAUCCGCGAGCAAGUCACCCAAGGCAAAUUCAAAUACUUGGACGAACACGAAACAUUCGUACCGAAGGCAGGUGGUUCUGCAACCGACUCCGCGGCUUCCUCAGACUUGGGAAAGCCAAUUAAUGCUGGUACGAAACAAAAUCCGUUCUCAGAUGAUCAGCAGAUUUAUGCGGAAUCCGUUGCCCCGACGGUUCGCACGCAUAAUCAACGCGGCCAGAAUGGUAGUAAUGGAACCACCUAUGCAUCUAGUCUCGACACAACCCAAUAUCCCCACCCCCAGGCGGUCGACUACGUGCGAUCCUCAGCCGAACGAACGCGACAUUCUUUUGAUAGAGACCGAGCCAGCUAUGACAGGGCCCGGCAAAGCUUCGACGCAGCAGAAGGAUUCCCCUCAGCGAACAAUCUAACGCGCGUGGAGUCGUCACUCACUACCGGUGCUCAACGACCGCAAAGUCCGCAUAGUCCGCUAAGCAGCUUGCACGACCCUCCGUCAUAUCGCUCCUAAACCAAUCUUGACUGUUCAUAUACUAACAUCAUGUGUUCGACGGCUCCUUGUCGGUUUCUUCCCAAAGCAUCCAUUCUGAUCUGUUUCCUAUAUUUGUUUGACGAGUAAUCGUGAGUUCUGAUUCUACCCUUUUGAUUCUGGUUUUCUUUUCGCGCCGUUGUCGAUUCCCCGAUAGAAGGCGUUCGGUAUACACAUAUGGGCGGCUGGGUGCAACUUUACAUUUCCUUAUACCUAUUCUUCCGACACCACAGUUUCCUCUUCUUCUUUCGUUCCCGCUUUCUUUUGAUUGUGGCGUACAGCUUGACUUAACUCUUUCCUUCCCUGUACAAAAGCAUUUGCGCGUGCAUCUUCGCCUUGAGCUUCUACGCUACCGCACUUUCAUAAUUUCCUAUACAUAGUUUUUGAAUGAGGGCGAGCCUUGUUACGUCGAUGUUUUUCAUGUUUGGACAAGAGAGGCGUAAUUGAGGCGUUUAUGUGCUCUGAAUACCUACGGUGUCUGUUCGAUUGUGGACAAUAAUACGAGCCUUGAAAGGAUCAUUGUGACUCCUCAAGUAGUUGCGUAGGCUCUUCUGAAGGCAAACC